AUGCCUCGCAAGCUCCGCGCGGCCGCUCAAGCGGCUGCGAAGCAGAUGAAAAAUGUACCAACAUUACCGGAUCUCUCCGACGAGGAAAUGGCAGAUGCGCCCCCAUCACAGCCCUCGUCCCCUCCUCCGGAAGCUCCAACCUCUCCCAAUGACGAUCCAGACGCAGAGCUGGAGAAUGAGGAACAAGAUGCCGAUGAAUCACGCGCCGGUACGCCCGACGAGUCCAAGGGGGACGAAAGCAACGCGGCAAGUCCCACGGUGGGAGACCCAACACAGACUGAUGGCGCGGCGGAUACACCUUCACACGCGAUCGGUCGCCCAGCAAUCCCGCGCAAACGUCGCCUUGGUCGCCCUCCCAAGAACCGUCCCCCCGACUGGGAUGCGCCCGACGGGAGUCAGACCCCAAUUCGCGUCACCACUCCUGUCAAGCGCCGGAGAGGUCGCCCUGCCGCAAGUGGUGGUCGCUGGGCUCGAAACCGUGGCCCAGUGCACAAUACCCAAGUUCCCAUUGACAAGGAGGGGAAUAUGAUGGAUGUCAUUGGCGACGAGGUCGCUCUUCCCCCUAAUCCGAUUGGAGACAGCAAAGUCGACGAGAACGGCCAUCUUCUGGGAGGUCGGGAGUAUCGAGUCCGCACGUUCACCAUCCUCAACCGUGGAGACAAGCUUUACAUGCUUUCAACGGAGCCAGCCCGAUGCAUUGGUUUUCGAGAUUCGUAUUUGUUCUUCCAGAAACACAAGAUGCUUUACAAGAUCAUCAUUGAUGACGAGGCCAAGCGCGAUCUCAUCGAGCGCGACAUCAUUCCUCAUUCCUACAAGGGUCGUGCGAUCGGUGUCGUCACGGCCCGGUCCGUGUUCCGCGAGUUCGGCGCGAAGAUUGUCGUGGGUGGUAAGAAGGUCACGGACGACUAUGACGAGCAGGCCGCUCGAGAGCGAGGCGAUGUUGAGGGUGAGCUCGCCGUCCCGGAGGAUAAACUUCCUGCUCCUGGCGAAGCAUACAACCGUAACCAGUACGUCGCCUGGCAUGGCGCUAGCAGUGUGUACCACACAAAUGCGCCGGCGAUGCCCAUGGUCGGUGGGAAGCCUCUCGACCCCAAAAAGCGACGGAUUCCAGUGACCGACGAGAAUUGGAUGCUCGAGCACGCGCGUGCCGCAAGCCAAUUCAACUCUAGGCUCGUCGAGAUUCGUCGGGAGACCAUGAACGGCACCUACGACGUCCACACCAACACCAUGCAAUAUCCUCAAAUCAUGCAACCUACCCACGCCCGCUGGGAGCGAGUUCCUCCGUCCGACAUGCGCAGCACCGCUGAGCUCAUGUCUUCACUCAGCAUCGAGCCGCACAGUUCCUCCGAAAACUCAAGACCCGGCUCCGCGGAAAAGGCUGUCCCUUCUGACCAGCCCAGUCAACAGGGCCAAAAUGCGACGAUUUUCUCCCCCGUUCCUCCACACAUCUCCAACCGCUAUGUUGUCACGGAUACCGUCUACGAAUCACCACCUUAUUCAAACAUGGGUCUCCCCGGCCCAGACGGUGAUUUACUGAACCCGAACCCUAAUGGGCUCGCCAGUAUUGCCGACCCGAAACACCCAGAGUUCAUGUCCCCCGAGAUCAUCGAUCUCUUGCCUGAGGAAUGCAAAGAAGCAUUCAUCGAUGCAGCAGCUCGUGAGAUUCAAUGGAAGUCCAAAUGGGGCAGCGAGUCGCAGAACAAGAUGCGUGCGCAGCCUUCGAAGAGCUACGCUUGGUAUCCUUAA